CUCAACAAGCACAAAAUCAACAGUGAUGGAAUGGACAAAGCAGCAUGACAAGGCUCUUCUGGGUGAAAUGACAAUCAGUGAUCUUUUUCAGUACAAGAAGGGCACUCCAGAAAGGGGUCAAUUAUGGGAUUCUAUUGCUGGUAAUUUAAAUGCAAUGGAUUACCCAAAGUUUAAAGUUGCAAAACGGUCAUGUCGCGAUCGUUGGACACUGUUACGCACAAAGUAUAAAAGAAGGAUGUCAGAAGAAAUCCAAGCAACUGGAAUAGAUGCUGAGGUUGGAGAACUUGAUGAGAUCAUUGAAGAUCUUAUUGGAAAAGAAGAUGCUGCUAUUGACAGUGAUAAAGAAGGAAAGAAGAAAGCUGAAGCUGACAAAAAGGCAGCAGAAGAAAUACGGAUUAAGGCUAUGGAACGGUUUGGAAACACCAGAAAAAGAGGUGGAGAGGAUGGAGAGGAAGGAGCCAAAAAGAAAAAAAGGAGAAGUGGCAGUGAUGCAGUAGAAUUUCUCAGAGAAAAAACAAAGUUAGAACAUUCUCUGAGAGAGGAAGAGCUACAGUUAAGGAAAGAUCAACAAAGCCAAACACUGUUGAUAUUACAGCAACAAUUAACAGCAAAUGAAUCAAGCAUUGCUCACCCUCAUGGAAAAAAUGUUGCCUAA